UCACUCAGCGGAUCCGGAUCUGGUAAAAAUAAAAGGUCCUGUCCUUGGGUGGGGAGCUACUUCCUGGAAGAGGCUGCUGAGAAACAGCUCCUGCCAGAGCUAGGCCAAGCUCCAUGGCAGCAGCGGUGACCCCCUCCGAAGACCCCAGGGGUCUGAGAGCCAGCCCCAAAGUCCUGGGCCCCGAGACAGACCUGGAGAGCGGCUCAGGAGGGGAACCAGCCCGCCACCAGAAAGCCAUCCCCGCUGCCCACCUCACUUUCCUCAUCGACUGUGCGCACGGGAAACAGCUCUCCCUGGCAGCACCCCCAGUGCGGCCCCGAACCCCCAGACCCAACCUAGGACCUGUCACCCCUCCAGUGAAGACCUACAUCUUAUUCUGUGGGGAAAACCAGCCGCAUCUGAUUCAGGAAGCCCCACUGGGUAGGGGACGCCUUGCCCAGCCCAGGGGCAGCCUGCUGUCCUGCAGACAGAUGGUGGCCCAGGCUUCCUCCCCAAUCAGUCCACUUUACCCCCAGGAGGCUCCUGAAGCCAAGGGGGGCCCCUCAAAGAUGGUGCCCUUGAGAUCUUCAGCAUGGGGAAGAGUCAUAGGCUCCCUCAAAGCCCUCUCCUCUUGUGUGUGUGGGCAGGCCGAGUAAGUAACUGGAAGAGCCUGGUCACGGGGGUACGCCUUUGGCAAGCCAGACUCCAGUGCCCGGGGCUGUAAUUCCCAGAGCCCACUCCCUCUUUUCCAGCCAAGCAGAAGUCUUUGUGCCUGAGCCAAGGAAGGCACAUCAGACCCACUAAAGGGCGUCUGAAACAGGCCUGCAGUACACCCAGGUAUCCUCCUUCCUCCUCACAAUCCAUGUUAUCUUUUCGUCGGAAGCAGGAUCAGUCACCACCGCAUGGAAGGAGAUGAAUUCAUUCAUACAGCAAAUUCUAACAGAGCACCUUCUACGAGCCAGGCUCUGCAAAGUACUAGGGAAGAUUCCACAACGUUCAGAGCUUAUAUUUUCGGGGCAGGGGUGAGGUGGGGAAAGGGGUUAAAUAAGUGACCAAAUAAAUAAAGAUGACUUUAAACAGGA